UCUUCUACGCAGCUAUUCUUCCCUUUUCUCCCUCUUUCCGCCUUCUCUUUAGUUUUAGAAGCAGCCAUGCUCUCUGCUAUCUCUGCCUCCGACGCUUUGAUCGGAAACCCCUUUGCCUCUUCAGCGUUCGACGGCGGUUUACCGUCGUGGGACUGCACUGACUUUAUCUUUGCCGCCAUUAACACUUCGAGCUCCGGUUCAGAUGAUUCCAACGAAAACAAUGCAAAAGAAAAACCCGGUUCGGAGGCCGUUAUGGACGAGCGGAAACGUCGGAGAAAGAUAUCGAACCGGGAAUCGGCCAGGAGGUCACGGAUGCGGAAGCAGAGACACCUAGAGAACCUGCGGAACCAGUUGAAGGCGUCUAGAGUGGAAAACCGGGAACUGAACAACCGGUUGCAGUUGAUGGUUCAUCAUUUUAACUGCGUGCGAACCGAAAACGAUUGGUUACGGUCUGAGAGAACCCUGUUACGCCAGAAACUGUCGUACAUGACUCAAAUUUUGUUAUUCCAACAACUUCGACAACAACCCUUCUCUUCCUCUGCAUGGCCAUGCAAUAAUGUCACGCCGCAAUAACCCCUAGCUAGCUUUAUCACGAUAAUUAGCUACCACGCGUUAAUUAAUUAUCAUAAUAUUGGCUCCGGUAAUUAAACAUAUUUUAAUUAAGCUAAGUUUAAUAACUUGUCUUAAUUUGCCUGCGUAAAUUAUAAAAAAGUAGCUAAAAGGAGGUGAUUCAUGUACGGUAUUAUGGUGGGUGGUUGUUUCCGGUGCUUUUUUUUUUCCUGAAACGGGAAGGGUUUUG